CAGAAUCGGAGAGUACAGGCACUGGCGAAGAGCUGAGGAGAAGCAACAAACUUCCAGAGUGAAAUGCAAGAGAGCUGAUGAUGGAGUUCACAACACUGCAUAUACUUUUCUUGCUCCUAACUGCGUUAAGUCUUACAACACAAGAACUGGUGACACUAGAUGUCAGUCCCAAGGUUAUUGCAGAGUGCGGCAAGCAGGUUACUCUCAGCUGCAAAGUGUCCUCAUCUCUGGAGGGACUGUCAAUCAAACAUAUGGAGUGGUCCCAAAACAAUUCUUUAUGUUCAGUUGACAAAGACGGAAAAAUGAGCACAAACAACAACACAACAACACAAAGUGACUUCCACUGCGAGUAUGAAAAUGGACAACUGUCCCUUAUUUUUCCAAAAGUGCAGCCACUGGAGACCAGACACUCAAGCCCUUACAAGUGCAAACUUCGCUCUAACAAGGGAGCUGAAUCUGCAUCUACAAAUGUGGAGUUACAAGAGUGUGCUGGGAUCGCUACAGGUGUUGUGACCAGUCACGGUCCCUCCUGCACAUUCAGCCAUGUCUACCCAGACGGACAGGUGCACUGGUUUUACGGCUCCCGCAAUCUCUCAGAUGAGCCUCUGACGCACCACACUAGUAAACAAGUGGAGGGAGAGGGUUUCCUGACAAUCCGCAGUCAACUGGAGUGGAAAGGUUCAGAUCUGCCCUUCAACUGUUCCUUGAUGAGCACCAAAUCUGCAGAUACGGUAGCCGGACACGGGGAUUUCCAGUCAUACAUCAACUCUGUCUGUGGUUCGUGGUUGGAUGCUGCCCUCUGGUGA